AUGAAACGGAAAGCGGAGAAGCAGCAGGCUGCUGCGCCUGUCAGCGCAUUAAGUGCUGUUGCGGCGCGCAGAGCUCGGCAGCAACAAGCGCAAGCUGCGCCUAUUUCAAAAACCGAGGUGAUCGUUGAAAUUCCAGUCGGACCGCCCACGAAAAAGCCGAAAUUUUUCGAUGACGAGAGCAAUGUUAUUGAGGAUGCGAAGGAGUCCAAAGCUCACCGAACAAGGUCGUCUACGAAGAUUGAGACAACUCCGAGCCUUCCCCCAACACAUGGCCGCCAAAAGCAAUCGCAACCACCCGAGCAGCCAAAAUCUCGGUUGCCUUCGUCAGUAGGCAGUCGAGAGGAUCGGCAAGAGGAUGCGGCGAGUCAAAUUCACCUCAUGCACAGCGACGGGAUAGCUGAAGAUGGAGUCACCUCAGUCAUUGGGGAUGCAGACGGGUUCGAGGCCCCGACUGAAAUACCACCGGAGCUUCACAAUUUUCCUUUGUCUAAGGCUCGACUCGAUAAAGACAAUGUGGCCUACGCUGACAAAGACAAAAUUUGCGUCCGAGUCAAAGAAAAGUUGAACCUGGCAAUGGUUGGACAGUACGAUUUAUGGGUGAAGAGGGGAGUCAUUAGUCUUAUGGGUGCCAAACUGCAUCCGUGCGCUCGAGCAUAUCGGGUAUAUGCGCCCUCAACCCACUCUUUACCCGUCAUCAAAUGUGUCUCUGGGUCGAAUGGGGAAGCAGAAAUCGAGAUCAAAUCUUGUAAAAGCGGACUGACACGCCUGCACGAAAUUUCACCGCUCUAUCAGAAGAUCUGGAAUGGGAAGGUCACAGCAGCAGACAAGAUGACUUUAAAGGGUAAGUUGAAGAAUUCGCGGAGGACAUUCUCGGUGCUUUACACCUCUGCAGACGACUCUUUCAAGCGCCACUUGCGCCCGCUUCAUCUUGAUAAGAAAUGGAGCGCCUCAAUGAAAGCGCUUUCCCACAAGCAAGGGCAGCUGCGCGUCCUAGUAUGUGGCCCGAAAGCGUCGGGGAAAUCGACUUUUAGUCGUUAUUUACUCAAUCACGUCCUGAGUCCUGCUCCGGAGGUAGAGAACGGAUUUGUCAACUCCGAUGGCUGUGCAUUCCUCGAUUUAGACCCUGGUCAGCCUGAGUUCGCUACCAUGGGCCAAGUGUACCUCGCUCAUCUGCGGGCGCCAUUCUUCGGACCCCCCUUUACGCAUCCGUCACUAGAUGAUACUGAGGAUGGACAAAUCUUGCGUGCUCAUUUUAUUGGGGCUACCUCUCCCAAAGAAGACCCAGAUCACUACGCUUUGGCUGUGAUGGAUUUGAUGGAACAGUAUCGAUCGUUGCUCACCAAAUAUCCUCAAUGUCCUUUAAUAGUCAACUAUCCGGGCUGGAUAUUUGGACAGGGCUUGGAAGUCGCCACCUGGCUGAUUCGCUCUCUUGGACUUUCUGAUGUGGUCUAUAUGAGUGAGAAGGGUCCUGCGGAGGUGAUUGAACCCUUGGGCGGUGCUGCAAUCGAGGCUCGAGUUGCUUUGACUAUCCUUCCAUCUCAGCCUACGGAUUUCGUGAGUCGCUCGAGCGCCCAGCUACGCGCGAUGCAAAUACAGUCUUACUUCCACAUGUCUCACCAUGGUGGGCUUGCCAAUCCUCUUUGGCAGGCGAUGCCUCUUUCCCGCACCAGACCCAUUACUGUGAAGUAUGCUGGGAGUACGCCAGGAAUUCUAGGUGUCAUGGUUUUAGGAGCCCACAUAGAGCCAAGCAUGCUCCGAGAAGUUCUUGAAGGAGCUGUCGUCGGCGUUGUUGCAGUGGAGUCGACAAAAGCUCUCGCGGGCUUCGUCUCUUCAAAUCGGGAGUCUCAAACCCUGGACGACGAAACUAUGGACCAGGACCUUGACGUGGACGAUGAGAAGGAUCUGCAAUCGAAUGCUGACGAUGCUUCUCGUCCAGCUAAUGGUGACUUGGCCAACGGUAUUGUCAGACUCCCCGAGGAGAAUCUGCCCUAUCUAUACUCUGGAGCCGGAACAUCUGUUCCCUUGAAUCCCAGCUCAUCCAGUUGCUUGGGCUUAGCUCUCAUUCGAGCCGUCAAUGUGACGUCGCAUCAGCUGGAACUCUCCACGCCUAUUCCCGCCUCGAGGUUGGAGAAGGCCUUCGAGGAGGGUCACCAACUGGUCCUUGCCCGCGGUCAGAUCGACAACCCGAACUGGGCUAUCAGCGAGGAGUACUACGCCGCACGGGCUGCGGAAAGACGCUACCAAAAGGAAGGUCGCAUUGACGGAGUCGACACUGAGAAACAUCAGAAAACUCUGGCAAUCCUACAUGAGCGCGUUCGGCGCGCCAGCAACGUGCCCUGGAUGACGGUCGUCGAAGACAACAGCCGUCGUCACCGUGAGGCUGCAGCGCGUCGCGAACAGUCUUUAUGGAAGUUGAGGAAGAAGGCUUACGCGGAGAGUGAAAGCGAGGCCGAAUACUGA